AUGGCACUCGCUGAGGAACUCUCUUCCUUGAAGAUGAAAGAAGGGGAGGGAGUGGCUGCAUACUGGGCGCGUGCCGAGGACUUGAGGUCCAAGUACUUGGCUGCAGGAGGGAAGGAGGAGGUUGAGGAGUGGAUGAUGAGGGUACUCAAAGGACUACCUCCUCACUUUGAGAUGCUGAAGGUAGUGCUGAACAACCAAUCAUCAUCGCUUACUAAGGAUCAGCUGCUUACCUCCUUGAGGAGCGAGGAGAUGCGGAUUGGUGUCGCACCAAGAUCAGAUGGUGUAGCCACUUUUGGAGCGGGUACGAAAGUGGGCAGCAGCGGCAGGGGAAAUUGGGACAAGGGAGGAAAGCAUGGAGGCAGCAGUAGCAGCAGUGACACCAACUCGGGCAGAUGGGGUCAAGGAAAAGGCAAAGCGGGGGUGCUUGAUUUCCCCUGGGGGUCCAAGGGCAUGGCUCCUCGGGGGUUGUGUCAUGGCUGUUGGGAUGAGGGACAUGCGUGGCAACGAUGUCCUCAUCGACCUAAGGGAGGCAUUCCGGCAUUCUUAAAGCGGGGGGGCCGUGGAUCCAACGGCAAGGCACAGGUGGCGGAGGAGCAGGAUGACAAGGCAGAGGCAGUGGUUGGAGAGGCAGUUGCAGCAGUGGGAGAGGAGCAGCCGCGAGAGGGGUGGUGGAUUGACAGUGGGGCCAGCCACAACUUUACCCCCUAUGCAUCGGACUUCAAAAUGGUUGGUGCUGGAGGUCAGCUGCUGAAGAUUCAAAAGGUCCACCUUGUGCCUGAGAUGCACACGCGUCUGCUGUCAGUCCCACACCUCACCUCUCGAGAUGUCAUUGUCACAUUCAAGGGCAAGAAAUGUGUUCUUAAACGGGGGGAGAGGGUGUUGGCGAUUGGAGAAAAGGAGGGGGGCAGGGACCAUGGAUUGGUGCGGUUGUCUCUUCCUAUUGCUCGGGGCACACAAGGCAGUGCUCUUGUAGCUGGGUCCUCCUUCUCAUUUUCUCCAUUGACCCUUGCUCAUCGCCGCCUUGGUCACACCGCCCCCACAACAUUGCAACAGAUGGCUCGGGGGAACAGUGUACUAGGCUUGGAGAUCGAAGAGGGGAGCACUGAUUGUUCCCCAUGUGAGCCUUGCUUAUUGGGAAAGUCGGCUCGGAAGCCGUUUCCCCACGAGGCGUCUCGGGCACUUGGGCCUUUGGAUGAGAAGCUGAAGGCUGUUCGCUCUGACAGGGGUGGCGAGUUCUUGGGGGACGCUGUGAAAGCAUGGAAAGCAGAGUUUGGCAUCAAAACCCAAUUGAGUGUCGCAGAUACACCGCAGCAGAAUGGGGUCGUGGAGAGGUGGCACAGGACGAUGGCAGAAGGGAUUCGCACAUUGUUGGUCGACAGUGGUCUCCCUGCUCGCUUGUGGGGUGAAGCAUUGAUGUGGGUCGUGUGGGUUAAGAACAGGGUCACCCACAGUGCUUUGCCUGCCUCCAUCACACCAAUGGAGGCGUGGUCCGGCCAGAAGCGGCAUGUGGGCAUGGCUCAGAUUUGGGGUUGCAUGGGGAGUGUCAUGCUGCAUGGGCAUGAGAAGGGUGGCAAGCUUGAUGCACGAGCUGUCAUGUGUGUCUGUGUUGGGGUGGACAUGGAGAGCAAGGGUUGGCGCAUGCUGGACCCUUCUCUCAUGCGCAUUCGCAUUGCUCGGGAUGUUGAUUUUCUUGAGAAUGUGAUGUGGAAGGAUAGGGACAAGGCAAAGGGAUUUGGGGAGCUUCUGCAGGAUGCAGCUGCGAUUUCCCAACCCCUCCCUCUUCCACUCUCGCCACCCUCAGCAGCGGCUGACGAUGUUGAGAUGCCACCUUCAUCUCUGCCACCGGCACCGCUGAGUGUGUCGGUGCAGCAGCAGCCGACCCCUCUGCAGCAGCUCAGUGGCCCCUCGGUCAUUCAGCGGAGAUCCGCUACACAGGCUACUUCCUCUUCCUCCUCCUUUGGUCAGUGCUCUGUCCCUCUCUCUAAACGUGCCCCUCCGUCACCAGCGACUACCUCCCCACCACCGGUUACGGGUUUGCAGGUGCUUGGUAUCCAGUCUGGUUUAGGUGGUGAGGAGGUAGGGGGGGAUGCUGGUGUGGUUGAGGGCAUGCUGUGUUUGGCCAGGGAGGUGGAAGGUGUUGCACUGGCAGGUGUGAGCACCGGUGAUGUCCCACGCACACUCGCUGAGGCCCUGCGUGGCCCUGAGGGCCCUGCAUGGAAGGCAGGCGCUGAGAAGGAGGUAAAUGCAAUGCGCACUAUGGGUGUAUGGGAUCCAGAGCCGCGCACCAAGCACAUUAAGGUGGCAUGGCACUUUGUACGGGAUGCGGUGCGCCAGCAGGAGGUCGAGGUGCACUCAGUACGCUCCCACCUCCAGGAUGCCGACAUGCUCACCAAAGCUCUUCCAAGCUUGCAGCUGCAUGAGAACCUGGAGCGCAUCGGCAUGCGAGUGAUGGCUGCGAAGGCCAAGGCUUCAUUCGCUGGAGGGGUUGUGUUUUGA